CCCAUCCUCUGCGGCGAGAAGCUGACUUCACUCAGGCACCAGGUGCGCUUCCAAGAGAUCAUGGCCCACAUGGGGGACUGCAAGUGGAUGUCCUGGCUCCCGGUGCUGGUGGUGUCUCUGAUGUGCUCAGCCAAGGCAGAGGACUCCAACUGUGGUGAGAAUGAAUACCACAAUCAAACAACCGGGCUGUGUCACCAGUGUCCUCCCUGCAGGCCGGGCGAGGAGCCCUACAUGUCCUGUGGCUAUGGCACCAAAGAUGAGGACUAUGGCUGUGUGCCCUGCCCUGCAGAGAAGUUCUCCAAAGGAGGCUACCAGAUAUGCAGGCGCCACAAAGACUGCGAGGGCUUCUUCCGGGCCACCGUGCUGACACCAGGGGACAUGGAGAACGACGCUGAGUGUGGCCCGUGUCUCCCUGGCUACUACAUGCUGGAGAACAGACCCAGGAACAUCUACGGCAUGGUCUGCUACUCGUGCCUCCUGGCACCUCCCAACACCAAGGAAUGUGUGGGAGCCACUUCCGGGGUUUCUGCUCACUCCUCCAGCACUUCUGGUGGCAGCACCUCGUCCCCCUUCCAGCAUGCUCACAAAGAGCUCUCAAGCCAAGGACACCUGGCCACCGCCUUGAUUAUUGCCAUGUCUACCAUCUUUAUCAUGGCCAUUGCCAUCGUCCUCAUCAUCAUGUUCUACAUCAUGAAGACUAAGCCUUCAGCUCCAGCCUGCUGUACCAGUCCCCCAGGAAAGAAGGCAGAAACCCCAGUUAGCACACAUGAGGAGAAGAAGGAGGCCCCAGACAGUGUGGUGACUUUCCCUGAGAAUGGUGAAUUCCAGAAGUUGACAGCAACACCCACAAAGACGCCCAAGAGUGAGAACGAUGCCUCCUCUGAGAACGAGCAGUUGCUGAGUCGCAGUGUGGACAGUGAUGAGGAGCCAGCCCCGGACAAGCAGGGGUCCCCGGAGCUAUGCCUGCUGUCACUGGUUCACCUGGCCAGGGAGAAGUCUGCAGCCAGUACCAAGUCUGCUGGGAUCCAAAGCCGAAGGAAAAAGAUCUUGGAUGUGUAUGCCAACGUGUGUGGUGUCGUUGAAGGCCUCAGCCCCACAGAGCUGCCGUUUGACUGCCUUGAGAAGACAAGCCGAAUGCUCAGCUCCACUUACAACUCUGAGAAAGCGGUCGUGAAAACAUGGCGCCACCUUGCCGAGAGCUUUGGACUGAAGAGGGAUGAGAUUGGGGGUAUGACCGACGGCAUGCAGCUCUUUGACCGAAUCAGCACCGCGGGCUACAGCAUCCCAGAGCUGCUCACCAAGCUGGUGCAGAUAGAGCGGCUGGACGCUGUGGAGUCCUUGUGUGCAGACAUACUGGAGUGGGCCGGGGUUGUGCCACCUGCCUCCCCACCCCAAGCUGCAUCCUGA